AAAGUCUAUGGCCCUGCAUUCACCCUGUACUUGGGCAUGAAGCCCACUGUGGUCCUACAUGGAUAUGAAGCAGUGAAGGAAGCCCUGAUUGAACUUGGGGAAGACUUUGUUGAAAGAAGGAGUUUCCCAAUAAUUGAUAAAGUGAACAGAGGCCUUAGAAUUGUUUUUAGCAAUGGAAACAUAUGGAAAGAUACUCGGCGCUUCACCCUCAUGACCCUGCGGAACUUUGGGAUGGGCAAAAGGAGCAUUGAGAGCCGUAUUCAAGAGGAAGCCCACUACCUAGUGGAGGAGCUGAGAGCAACCCGUGGCUCACCCUGUGAUCCCACUUUCAUUCUGGGAUGUGCGCCCUGCAAUGUGAUCUGCUCCAUUAUCUUCCACAAUCGUUUUGACUAUAAUAAUCAGGAUUUUCUUGCCCUGGCAAGAAGGAUCAAUGAAAAUGUCAAGCUUCUAAGCAGUCCAUGGAUGCAGGUCUACAAUAGUUUCCCUGCUCUCAUUGAUUAUCUUCCUGGGAGUCAUAAAAUAAUCAUUGAAAAUACCAAUUUUUUAAGGAGUUAUUUUGUUAAGGAAAUAAAAGAACAUGAAGAAUCAUUAGAUGUUAACGAUCCUCGGGACCUUAUUGACUGUUUUCUCAUAGAAAUGAAGAAGGCAAACAACGCUGAAACAGCUUUUACUUAUGAGAACUUGGUUAUCACCAUAAGUGACUUGUUCGGGGCUGGGACAGAGACAACAAGUUCAACACUGAGAUAUGCUCUCCUCCUCCUGAUGAAACACCCAGAGGUCGCAGGUAUGGCCAAGGAUGAGUCAUGUGAAUCUCCAGAAAGUGCUUGGAAGAUGUUCCUAGCGUCACUCAUCUUGGGUCUUGGCAGAAGGCCACUAAUGCUCUAUCCCAGCAGCAGCCCUCGGGCCACAGGUAAUGCUAGGACGAGCAGGCAGGGCUCGGCACAUGAGGGGAUGGUGCCACAGAGAAGUGCAGACAGCGUAGCAAUGAGAGAAGAAGAGAGGAGAGGAGCUCGGGCAGACAUGGGCACAACCAUAUUAGUAUCCCUGACAUCUGUGCUCCACGAUGACAAAGAAUUUCCCAGACCUGAGACUUUCGACCCUGGCCACUUUCUAGAUGACAGUGGCAAGUUCAAGAAAAGCAACUACUUCGUGCCUUUCUCCACAGGCAAACGUAAUUGUGCGGGAGAAGCUCUGGCUCGCAUGGAGCUGUUUUUGUUCCUGACCAGCAUUUUACAAAACUUUAACCUGAAAUCAGUGGUUGAUCCAAAGAAGCUCGACACCACUCCGGUUGCCAACGGGUUUGUCUCUGUCCUGCCCUCAUUCCAGGUCUCCUUCGUUCCCGUCUGAAGAAGGGCAGGCCGCCCCGCGGUUCUGUGACGUCUUCAGGCAUCUGCUCCCCGGCGUAGGCUGCUCCUCCCUGUUCUCGCGGCUUCGCUUGUGUUGCCGCCCAAAGUGCGAAGACCUCUCUAACGCUAAACUGUUGUUACGGUAUCUCUGUUAAAAAGUAAAGUGAUUUUCUUAUAUAAGUUCAGAAUCAAUUUUCUUCAGGAUGCUACUAAUACUAAAGAUGUUUAGUUGUCGUUUCUGCUUGCAAACAUGCGUGUGCACAGUGGAAAUACAAAAUAAAGUUUUAUCCCAGAAGGUCCA